UGCAAUAUUCCCAUCUGACCAAUGCAAGCCUUCCAAUGGAUUUAUUGCGCGCUGUACCGGCAGGGAUCUAAAAUGACACUUGUAUUUUGCACAACUGCUUUACUUUUGCAUCAGAAUAUUUGAGCUGCAGUCCUUAUUAAAAACAAUUGUUGCACACCAGCGAUCUUCACCCUCAUAGCAAGUCGGGAGAAGCAAGGGAGAACUGGCGCUGAUGCUAAAAAAAAAACACAUUAAAGAAUAGAAGAAAACAAAUCCUUCCAUUACUGGGUGCGUCUCUCAGCUACGAUCACGGUGUACAUAAUGCCAGUACUGACCAGCCCAGAGAUUGCCACCAAAUUCAAGGAAAAGUGGAUGAUGCUUCAUCCGGAGGACCAGGACAACUUUAAUGGCUCUGUGAACCUGGACGAUAGCCUCACCAGCCUCCAGUGGCUCCAGGACUUUUCCAUCCUCAGCGCUAACCCGGAGAGACCCCCCAGCUCCGGCUACCACCCUCACCACGAGAUACACCACCAAUUCCACCAGAAGCACUUCCACAUGCCGGGCGCGCAUGCCCCAGCCAGCCCGCCCGCUGGCGACACAGCGGCUACUGGGAUGCCCCUCAACCUGGGCAACCCCAUCUCGGCUUCCACCUCCAGUAGAUCCUCUCCCGAUGGGAGCACUAGCUACUUGCAGCAACAAACACCCCCUAGCCACCUCACUUCGGUCCCUAGGAGCGCUCCUGAAGAGAUCGACUACAAGACGAAUGCCCAAGUUAAGCCCCCUUACUCGUACGCUACCCUUAUCUGCAUGGCAAUGCAAGCCAGCAAGAAAACCAAGAUUACACUUUCGGCCAUCUACAGCUGGAUAACCGAUAAUUUCUGUUAUUACAGACACGCCGAACCCAGCUGGCAGAACUCAAUCCGCCACAACUUGUCGCUCAACAAGUGCUUCAUGAAGGUACCCAGGCAGAAGGAUGAACCUGGCAAGGGCGGCUUCUGGCAGAUCGACCCGCAGUAUGCUGACAUGUUCGUCAAUGGCGUCUUCAAGAGGAGGCGCAUGCCUGCCACUCACUUCAACACCCAGCGCCAGAGCAAGAUGCCACCCAUUUCCGAGGCCUCCUGCAGCCCUCCAGGUCACAGUUUUCUGCGUCAGCCCAUGAACGGGCACCAGAUGGGUAUGAACCACAUGGGCACCAACCACCACCACACCCCGGUGGAGGUGCACCGGCCAGGCAGCAAGCGCAAGCAUCCUGUGCCCAAGCGAAAUGGCAAGCUGGCAUGCAAUUCCAAAUCGCCCCUGCUGGCACAGGAGAUCAAGGAGACGGAGGCCCUGAAAGGGGACUUUGACUGGGCAUCUGUAUUCGACGAAGUCUUCAACGGAAAUGGCAGCAACUUCGAAGACUUGGACAUUAACGCAGCCCUCAGCUCUCUGGGUUGUGAGCAACUGGACCUCACUGUUCAAGGACGCCACAUUAACACCAACAGCAAGUGGUGCACGGCCAGCCUGGAGCCGCAGUGCAGCUUUGCAGAGGUCAGCGGUAGCAGUCUGCAAUUUCAGCAACAGCAGCCGCAGCAUUUCGAAGAGUUCACUUUCUUCUCAGACCCCCCGCGACACCCCUGGGAGGAGAUCAAGGAAGAGGUGCAGGCCAUCCCUUUGAAUCUCGACCAGAGCUUUAACUUCUGCGAAGGCUUUUUCAACGAAAUGCAGCAGUGGGAGAGAGUUGAAGCCUAUCUGUAACACCCCGCGCAUCCUUUUCCCAAGUUAAGGGACACAGACUAAAGUUUUGCUACAUUAGCAUCUUAAGCUCUUUGAUUAUAGAGCACUGACAGGAAAGCACCAUGUUUGUCUUUGUACAAGUGAAACUACCGAUGCUUCUUUUCUAUUUUGUUUUGUAAUAGGGUGACCGUACCACUGAAGCCGAACCACCGUCAAUGGUUCCAGUAGCAAAGCAAGUUGUAAAAGGCUUACAUAACUUUUGUUAUUCAUUAAUCAAUUACCAGAUUGGUACCACCCCACUAACGAUGCAAAUUAAGUUGCAAUACAGGAACAGGGAGAAGCAUGUUAAAGCCUUCCUGAUUGUACAGAACAGAUGGUAAUUCGAUGUCGCAUGCACUUGCCACUUUGAAAAAAAAAAUACUGUUGCAUUAGUGAGGAGGACAGCAAACAAAUGAUCAAAUCAAGGAUUAUAUA